GCAAGGCGUCGCUUUGACCCACCUGCCGGUCGUUCCCAUGAUGCCUAGCGCCGCAUAGUUUCCCGUAAAUUCAAAAUGGCGGAUUUGAGAGCUUCAGUGCCGGAAUACGACAAAGAAGACGGCGAAUAUAAGGUCAAAGUCAUCUGUCUGGGCGACAGCGCCGUAGGCAAGUCCAAAUUGGUGGAGAGAUUUCUCAUGGAUGGAUACCAACCACAGCAACUCUCGACGUACGCGCUAACGUUAUUCCGGUAUCAGACGGAAGUGGGUGGUAAGGACGUGUGCGUAGAUUUCUGGGAUACGGCAGGGCAAGAGAGGUUCAACAACAUGCAUCCAUCCUACUACUACCAGGCACACUGCUGUAUACUGGUGUUCGACGUGACGAGAAAAGUAACAUACAAAAACCUGCCCAACUGGUUCAAAGAGCUGCGACAGUACCGACCAGAGAUACCCUGCCUCGUCUGUGCAAAUAAAAUAGACGAUGUGGACUACAAAGUCACACAGAAAAGUUUUAACUUUGCAAAGAAACACCAGCUACCUUUCUACUUUGUGUCAGCCUCUGAUGGAACAAACGUUGUCAAGAUGUUCAGAGAGGCCAUCCAGUCAGCAGUAGGGUACAAAGAGAACACGACAGACUUCACAGACCUGGUCAUGAGAGAGUUGGAGAACUUGGACGACCUGAGUUUAUCCAACGACGUUGACAGCGGCGUGGACACGGCGGGAAACUCGGCAGAAACACACACGGACGAGGCUGACGAGGAACAAGCGGAGGGUGCGACGGGAACCACGUGAGGACCGCUCUGCCAUGCUGUACUGUACAUACCGUCUUCUCACCAGAUGCAUCCUCCUACGCAGGGACAUUACAACAGCGAAACCGCCUGUCUGGAUGUACCCUGCUUUCUCAACCGUCACUCUUAGUUCCUGUGGAAAUACCCCCAAACCAGCUGUCAGCCAAUCAGAGAAUAGGUCUUUCAGUUUUCAAAAGGGUUCUGGCAUAUAUAAGGGUAUGCUCAUUAAUAUUUAUUAGCAGGGCGGUCAGGAACUAAGAGUGACGGUUGAGAAAGCAGGGUACAUCCAGACAGGCGGUUUUGCUGUUGGAUGCCGCUGCGUAUGAGAAUGACCAGAUAGCGUACCAAUAGGAACUGUACAGUGCAAGGCUUAGCUUUGUUCAACAGUCAAUAACAACAACAACAACAACAACACCUACUUCUUGCUCCAUUCCAUCAGAAUAGCAUUCAAUGUCAUGUUUUACACCAGUGCUACAAACUUUGACAUACUGUAAAUUCUCUUACUUUCACAAUGACCUUUGUGGUAAAAAUGAGUUUUGUGCCGAAAAAACAAUUCUGUAGUACAGUGGUAAUAAACUGGAAAUGUACUUUCGCUGUGUCAUGAAUUUGUGAUGGAAAGAUCACCUAAAACAUAAAACCACUGCAAACAUUUUAGAGUUUUACAGUACCACUUUAAACAAGUCUGUUUGUUCCAAAACACUUUUCCCUUUUUGCUGUGAAGGCAAGUGCCUAGUUAUGAAUUGUCCUCGAAUGCAUAUACAUGUAUAUGCUAUUGAAUUUUAGUCAAAGCUUUUGGAAAAUGUUAAUGUGUUGUUGGAUUAUUGUACAGAAAAAAAAAGAGUUACAGUGAAAAGUUUUUUGUCACUGCAUACUUAGAUACUGCAUCCUAUUUGUUUUUAGGUGCUACAAUUUGUACAAAACCAUUUAGAGGAAUUGAAACAUUGUCUAGCUAAACAAUACGAGGACAGCAAAAUUAAAAGCAAUUUAAACUUAUGAUAAAUAUGAAAGGAUUCAUCCCCCUUUGCUUUAUGCAAAGAGAAAAAUUUAGAAAUAAAUUUCUGCAGUUCUCUACGUAAUUGGUAGGUGGUAACAGCACUACUGAAAAAGAUUGUAUUCAGACAAUUGUCAAUCUGUUUGUCAAUCUGUGUUCGAAUGUUCCAAAUAUAAAAUUCCAAAGGCCUUUGUAACAAAAUAUCUGUUUUCAAGCAUCCCUCUUUAAUUUUAGGGUGCAAGAAAGGCAGAAUUCUAGUUUUUAAACAUUUGUAUCCAUUGCUACUUAAAAGGACAAACCCAUUUGCUUAAUGUGUGACAAUUUUCAAAGCUUCUUUAUCUUGUAUGUGCUAGUUUCUAGACUUCUCUACGUGUGACAUGUUCUCACAGGGCUCGAAAUAUCCCCUCGCAAUUUUCAGGAACUUUAUUUUGCAGAAAAAUAUACAAACAACUUGCAAUUUGGCAAACUGAUAGAAGGCGUUGAAUUAUGAAUCAGAAAACAGUAGAGUAUUUUGAGCCCUACUCUCUUAAACUAAACAGACAUUUUCACGCACUGCUAUAAGCUUGGUCACAGUUUGAACUGACCCUGCACAAGGUCAAAGGUAAACAGUUCUUGACAUAUUACCCAUAAUGCAUCACCUUGUAUGCCCAGUUCAAACUGUGACAAAGGUCUGUUGUUUUUAAACACAAGUAACAUUGGCAGGCUUUUUGGCGAUGCCUCAGGGGCGAGCCAAAUGGUAUAUCAUUUACUGUUGAUAUUAAGAAGACCCUGCCAUGUGACAAUUCAGUAUUAUCUCUUAUCCAAAUGGUAUAAGGAGUAAUUUAUCACUGAAAUUAUACCUCUGCUAGCCAGAGGAAUCGAUAAUUUUUUGGACAAAUUUCUUUGUGUCUCUUAAAGUUGCUACAGAACUUGGCUUCUGUUUUGGUCAUAGCCAGCAAAGUUGUGUGUUUGACACAAGAAAAUUUGUCCAAUGUUUAAGAUUUCAGUGUUGAAAAAUGAUUUGUGACUGUCAUAUAUAAUUAUCAGUAAGACUAUGUAUUUUAGAGAGACCAAUUUCUGUGUGUGUGUAUAUAUAAAUAAAAAUGUGGAAUUGUGUGAUAGUAGCAUAGUAAUCUUUAGGGAUAGACAAAUUUGAUGAUGGAAAAAGGCAAACUUUGGAACCAAAAGUUACCUUUUGUACUUGUCUUGGGUAGCAUUAACUUUCAAAGUCACCUAGCCCCACUUAAGAUACUUAAAGAUACAUUCCUAAAUGUGAUUUUAUGUAAUUUGUAUUGUAAUAUCAUGUUAAUGGUCUCUUUGCUUUAGAAGUUGUUAAUUGUUGUUGUAGUUGGUAGGUAUUUUAGGUUUUUAGAACCUUUUCUUUCUACUGCUAUAGUAUUGUUGCAUUACAAGAAAUAUUGAAAAGACCUGGACUAAAAAAAUUUAAAGCAUUCCAAAAUAGACAUUUUGUGUAAAACACAGCAUUCCAGACAGAUUGUCGUUUGUUUGGGCCAUUUUUUAAAGCCAUGUAAGCACUUGUUUUUUUUCGUUCCACUUCUUUUUUGAAAGACUAGUUAUUUGUUCCAUGACAUUCAACUCUUCAAACAGAAUUUCAUCUCAGACCACCAUACCGCCUGUUAGCCAAUCACAUACUUCUUUGCUGUAAGAGGUAACAUGAUUGGCUAAUGUGUCAAUAAAUGUUACCAGCCAAUCACAUAACCCCAUGACUUUAAGAGCGUACGUGAUUGGCUGAAAUGUUAAAAGACUUUCCAUCCUCACUGUAACAACAUGCUGUGUCAUCAUGGCUGUCCUUUUUUGGCUACACCUCAGGGGUGGAUCCGUUUGUUUAUCACACCAUCCAGGUACAAAAUGGAAUGUGAUGUAGGCUCAGUCUGUAUGUAAAAUUGACUAUAACUAUACUGAAAUUUGUUUUCUUUAUUGACAUCGUUUUAAAGCACCACUAAAUUCAUUUGUACCAUAAUGACAUUAUCAAAUGCUUAAUCUUCUAAGAGCAUACCCAAUAAUGAUUCAGACUUUUGUUGUCUAGAGAUACUACUAGCUAGUAUUAAUUUUUCCCACGUAAUCAUGUUUUUUUCCGUCAGCAGGCGGAGAUAUCAUUUUUAUGCUUACGUGUAUUUUACGGCAUUGUCUUAUACUUUUUCGUUUUAACGUGUGUUGGUCAAGUGAAGCAACUUGUCACUCUUGAAGUUGACAACAUUUUUUUCUGAUUCUCUACAUUGAUACAUUGACAUUGUAACAGUUAUACAUAUGCUUUUGUACCAUGUUUUUCUGUGCUUUAGCUAUGUUGAUUUGAUUAUAUGGAUGACAUCCUCUUGGAAACCCAAAACUGAUGCAAAAAAGGUGCAAAAAAUAUUAAAAAGUUUGGCAAAAAUAAAGUUGCCUUCACCAUGAAAUCCAAGUGGUCAGGAAGGUUGAACGAAUGACUAAACACACACAUGUAUACCAAACUAUAGAUUCUUCAUUUUUGUUCUUCCACAUCUUCUCUUUGACUUUGGAAUUCACUUUUUCACCCUAUACAAUCCUUUGCAAUUUUUAGCAUAUAUCGUCUCAUUUUACAGCUGCUUUGUACAAUUUACAGUAUGAUCAGAAACUUUUUUUUGACAAAAUUGAUUGGCAUUUGGAUGUCAUCCAUAUCAUCAACAUGGCCUUACUUGUGAAACAAAAUUCAUUGGCUUUGAGGACAGUGUAUACAUUGUAUGUUUACAAUUAUACAGUAGGAUUUCAGAAGUUUUUUCAGCGAUUAAACAGGUCUUUUUUCAAGGGAUGAACAAUCCACUGCUUCUGUGACGUCAAAACAUGUUGAACAUUUGAUAAUAUUGCAGAAAUUUUACUGUGACCAUUGUCUGCAACUUAUGAUCCACUGCUCACCGAGUCACAUGUUCAAUCUGCAUAAUGUGACUUCACAGAAGCGGUUGAUCGCUCAUUCCUUGAAAAAGACUUGCUUCACAUUGGAAAUUUUAUGUUGGAAUUUUACUUGAAUCCUGCUACCUAAAAAACAGUACCCACAUAGAUUUCCAGGCUAAUACUUUAAUAAAUAGACUUGUUCCUACUUGUUAUAGGAAUAAACCAUAGGAUAAUGAAUACUUAAGUUACAGAAAAUAACAAUCCAACUGAUCUUAAAAGCUUGCAUCAUGUCAUUUACAAAUACAUGUAGUCAACGUUUUGCUUUCACCUCAUUUGAGAAGAAACAGUGUUACGAACACUUUUUUGGAGAAAAAUGUAAUGUUUAUUUGCCUCCGAUAGUUCACGGAUAUUUGACAAUGAGAUGUACAUAUCUGAUUUCCAUCAGGAAAUUAUAUCAGUAGAGUCAGUUUUCACUGUCAAUAAAGUAUUCUGCAACUUCUG